CCGGGGCUGUGGCGGCUUCUUCCUCCCGCGUCCGGGGCCCCGCGGUGAGGGCUCCAGGGAGUCGGGCGCUGGCGUGGCCUUCGCCGCCGCCGCCGCCGGCCCUCUGCCGUGACUGGACAGGGCCGCCCGGAGCGGGCGCGGCCGGAGUGAACGGAACGGGCGGGAGCUUUCCUGCCUAUGGGCGGCCCCUGGGCGCUCUGAGGGCCGGGCUCCGAGCGGCCGAGAAAAUGAUGCACCCCGUUGCCGGCAGUAAUCCAGCGUUCUGUGGGCCUGGCAAGCCUUCCUGCCUCAAUGAAGAUGCCAUGAGAGCUGCUGAUCAGUUCGAUCUGUAUUCCUCCCAGCAAAACAAGUACAGCCACACAGUCAGCCACAAACCAAUGGUUUGUCAGAGGCAAGACCCAUUAAAUGAAACACACUUGCAGCCUACCAGUGGCAGAAACAUAGAGAUAAAAGAUGAACUAAAGAAAAAGAAAAACCUCAAUCGAUCUGGUAAGCGAGGCCGGCCUUCGGGAACUACCAAGUCAGCAGGAUACCGGACCAGCACAGGCAGACCCCUGGGAACUACCAAAGCAGCUGGAUUUAAAACAAGUCCAGGCAGACCUUUGGGUACAACCAAAGCUGCAGGAUACAAAGUCAGCCCAGGGAGACCUCCAGGUAGCAUUAAAGCUCUGUCCCGCCUUGCAGAUCUUGGCUAUGGCUGUGGCACUGCUGCCUUUCCUUACCCUAUGAUGCAUAGUAGAGUGGUGCACGGGCUUCAGGAAACGAGUGGUGAAGUCAAGCCGCCCAGCGAGUGAGCGAGGCAGGAGAGCAGGCGUUAGGAGCAGGUUGUUAGUUACCCCAAAGCGUCUUGUUUUAAUUUGACAUGCUCUUACCACGUGGACUCCCCAGUGCUGUUUCUGUUGGCUCUCCCUCACCCUGCACUUCUUUUUCUUUCUUUUUGGCUUAGAAGUUGCCACAAUUGAGAGAUGCACUUUGGGCAGGAGUAGUACAUUGUGUCUGUAUUGUACACAGUUCACUCACAACCCUCAGCAGCUAAGUCAUUUUUGUUUUCCCUUUGUGCUGUUCUAAGUGGACUCCUCCCAUGCUAAGCAGCUGCCCAAGUUAACUUUUAUUUGUGAGUAAUCCAUUGUGAGGCAUUGUAACUGAAGGGGCAGAACAGCAACUAGUGAGCAGAUCAGAGGGAUGGCUGUGUGAGUUUAGAACUCUGAAAUAAGACGCAGCUGUCUGGAUGCUUUGGAACUUAAAACACAGCUUCUUAUUUAUUGAUUCGCAUGACAUUAGUUGAUCAUUAAUACUAAAGCGUUGUUUAGUAUCUGCCUUGCAGAGAUUAUAGUUACAGGAUGUGUGUUUUUCAAUUGCCUAAGAGUAUAGGCAGCGCCGGGCGUGGUAGCGCACGCCUUUAAUCCCAGCACUUGGGAGGCAGAGGCAGGCGGAUUUCUGAGUUCGAGGCCAGCCUGGUCCUACAAAGUGAGUUCCAGGACAGCCAGGGCUACACAGAGAAACCCUGUCUCAAAAACAAAAACAAAAACAAAAACAAAGAGUAUAGGCAGCAAACACUACAAACAACUCAGACUUAAAACCCACACAUUAUAGUUAAUAUAUGGGAAAGAGAACCCUUGAAAGUCUGCAUGUAACUAUAAUCAUUCUGUUUUGUCUUUCAUAUACUUAGUGAGUUUCAAAGUAUUAUAUUUAAAAACAUUUAUUACUAUUGUUCAUUUAUUUGGAAUUUUUUUAGUUUUUCGGAGUAAUUGUUAUUACACUGCGUUAGUACAUAACUGCAUUUUCAGGUUUAUAUCUACCAAAGGACACAAAUUGAGUGGUUGACUGCACAACUGAUCUAAGCAGAAAGCAGUUUCCUGGCUAUCGAGACCCAAAUACCGAUAAAUGCAACUCAUUAUUCAUGAAACCUGUAAAAUGAGUGCUGGUUAGCAUAAAAAUGUCAUCAUGGCCUCUUCUGAAAGAAGUCUCCCUAGUGUUAAUACACAUUUUAUUUAUUCUGAGUUCUAAGUAAAAUAUUAUGAACUUUGAAGUUGAGAAGCUUUCCCUGGGCCAGGUGUGGUGGUCCAUGAAUUUGAUCUCAGCAUUUGGGAGGCUGAGGCAGGCAGAUCUCUGAGUUUGAAGUCUAUAUAGUGCCAGGACAGCCAAUGCUAGGUAGAGAGAGACCCUGUCUUAAAAAAACAAAACAAAAGAAAAGCUUUUUACUGAACUUAAAAAAUGAUUUUACUUGCAUUUUAAAAUGCCUUUGAGAUUAAAAUAUAGAUUUACAUGACUUAAAAACUUUACAAAUAAUCAGAAAUAUAAAAGGACACAUACUGGUUGGCUAGGCUUGCUCAGUCCAUGCAAACUGACUGACUGUAAAUCCCAUGUUUCAGACCUUUAUCAGGGGACAAGCAGCAAAUCUCAGGUGCCCAUGAUAGCUGACACAGCGGCUGGACCCCUGCUCCUACAGGAAGUGCUGUUACAAUGCAUGUGGGUUCAGUAACCUCAGUGGUAGAGCUUCACACAAACCAUAGAAGACAGUGAGCAGUGCUGGGUGACCAUUUAACCACUAAAGUGCUUCAAAGAGUUUCUUCUUGCAGAAGCCUAGAAUAUAAAAAUAAUUUACUUAGGACAGUGUAACUUCUGACACAGGCAAAUGCUUGCAUCUUCAUUGAUGUGUUCAUCUGGUCACAGUAUCUGUCACUUAGCUGUUUCUGAAGUUGUUCAGCAGCUGGCUGUUUUAAAAUCCUUGCACAGCUAGUUCCUGAAUACAGUUGAAAUAGUCUAGUGUGGUAUCAUCUCACCACCAAAUGUUAAGGACUUGGGUGCAUGUUGUGUUUCAUGGUGAGUCCACACGGCAUCCUUUUGAGUUUGAUUUCAUUCCUGGCUUUGUACCUUGUCAUUUCUUCUUGCCCUUCCCACACGCAUCCCCUUCCCUCCGCUUGCCGCACAUGUACUCAGUGGUGCUGUGCUGCGCUGCGUCAGCAGACAGAGUGGGCUACUGCAUAAUGCGUUUACUGUAUAAUGCGUCAGAAGAUAGAGUGGGCUACUGCAUAAUGCGUUUCCGAUACGUGUUCAUGAGAUGGGACAUUGGUGUAAGGCGAUAUGUUUAUAACAGUGUUUAUCAGGAGCUCUAUCCCAGGAAAGGGGGAUGGAUGGAUGGCUACAGUUGUGACUGGAGCCUGAAUUCACUGUUCCUGUGAGCAGUCACCUGGAAUAUUAGACGUGUGCACUGGUGAACACCUGAUCCUACUUUUCUCCUUGUGGACAGUUUACUAGUGUCAGCUGGAGAGGCACGGUGAGGACGGGAGUGAAGUCUUCACAUACAAAUAUUUCUACUUCUACAUGAUCUAAAGACUGCAUUCUGCAUCUUUUGUAACAUGGUCUUUUGUCAUGACAGACACUGAAAUAGCAUGUGAAACAGUUGCCUAGAUGCCAGUAUAUUCAGUUGGGGAAAACUGUCGUCUCCCCUGCCCCACCCCCACUGUAUAAUUGUUCCUUAAAAGGUAAAUUGCUAAUUUUAUACUGUGUGAUUCUAUUCUUCAUAAAUAGGUUUCACUAUUCUAUAUUAAAACUUUGUCAGAAAAUGAUGUGCUAUUCAAGUAAGUUUGUUUUACUUUUUUCUUAAAAGGAUAUUUUAACAUGCCUUAUUUAUUAUUGUUAUCAAAACAAAUAAGGAGUCAAUACAGAUGAAAACGUCAUUUUCCACAGGUAUCACCUUGCCUAACUAAUCUUUAGUAUGGGGUGAUUUUGAUACUAUCUUUGGAGUUUUGCACUGGAUAUUUAAAAAUAUAUAUAUUGGCACAAUAUAUUGAAAAAUUAAAUAGUAUUUGGUUUAAUUUUUAGUAUUUGAAACAUUUUUUAAUUAGUGUUUAAAUCAGAUUAACAAUUCUUUGUAUUUUUAAUUACUUUUUUAAAAGGAACAUCUGAAAAAUGGUAUUUAGUCAUUCCAAACUGGUAUUUGUGUGAAUUUACAUAUAUUUUCACGAAAUAAGAAUAUAAUUCUUUGAGGUAAAAUCUGGAUCCAUUUAUUAUGAGGUUAAAGAUGCUUCAUCCAGUGUAAUAAUGACUACAGUGUUUAAGUUUAAACGGUGAACUUCUUCAUACUUUAAGAAGCUUUAAGAGAACAGUUCAGGGGAUACUACGAUGAUUGCUCUGUCAGUUCCUUGUCUUUAUGCAGUAAAAUUUUAUGAUCCGUUACAGUAACAUAACAAUUCACAGUAGUCUCGGGCAUAAGAAGUUUUGAUGCUCUUUUGUUUUUGUCUGUUCAAGCCCAAUGACUGCGCUCAAAUCUAAGAUGUAUCUAAUAUUUGCUUUUUCCCCUUUCCUUCCAAGUAGACAGACCUGUGCUCUCACAUACAAUGUAUUUAAGUUUUUUAGAAGUGAUACUGUAGUAAGUCAAUUGUGUGAUUUAAUCAGGCCACUCUGAUUCUUUGAUUCACAAUUUCCUUUUUCCACAGACAAUUAUGAAACAAAUAAUUGCCAGUUAACUGAUAAUAAGCACGUUGUCCUCUGCUGUAAAAAGUCUGAAUAGAUACUGUGUAUGUUUUAAUGUCCAUGAACUUGAGCUACUCGUGUGCAAUUAUGUGUAUGGAAUGGAGUAGUGUUCAUGAUUUGUAUCUACAUCAUCAUAUGGAUGUAUAUUUAUUAAUAAAGUCAUCACUUUAAAACCA